AUGGACUUCACUUCAAGCGUCAUCAAGCUGGCAAUUGAAGCAUCUCUUGCCGCAACAUGCGCCGUUCACUCUAUGAAACAAUUUGGGAUGCUGUCCAUUUCGGUCCUAAUCCUCUUUGCUUCCGCCUUUACUUCUCUCUUCAUAGCCACUUGGAAUCACUCGCACCCUUUUCCUCCACUCCCUGGAGGCCUGGUGCUUGCUCUGGUCGGGAUGACUUUCAGCUUGAUCUUCUAUUCCCUCCCCGAGCCAUCAGACCAUCAAGGAUCUCUCUCCUCCAAGUUGAAGCCUCUCUCGCGCCUCUGGGGCUUCUAUCCAAUACUUGGUGCGCUUUUCCUGCUACAGCUGUUGCUGGUAUUCAAUGGGGAUGACGAGAUCCGAUACCACCCGAUCGACAUGCUACUCUUCAAUGCCAAGGAAAAGAAUGAUGCCUGGCUUCAGUGGGCCUCGUCCAGCCUCACCCUGCAAUCAGCGGCUGUGAAUUACACGACGCGGUACCAGCGACAUCCACCUCCUCAUUUCGACGAGUGGUUCUCGUAUGCCACUAGCCGUUCAUCAAUCAUCAUAGAUGACUUCGACUCGAUCCACAACGAUUUGCUUCCCUUCUGGUCCCUUAGUCCGGCUGAGAUCAGGCAGCGCACGUGGGAGGCCAUUGCCGACCCAUCAAAAGGGAUUGGAGGCAUCUUCAUCCGCAACGGCAAAGCACGCAUUGCGCCUAACGUGCCGCGCAACCAACGGAUGAUGCUGGAUACCAUCGUCCAAAUGAUUGACAAGUUUGGUCAAUGGCUCCCGGACAUGGACUUGGCCUUCAACCUAAACAAUGAAUGCCGUGUAGCUGUACCUUUUGAGGAGAUGGAGGCCAUAGGUGCAGACGUAGCAGAUUCAAUCAGCAAAGAGAAGACUGAGAAGGAUCUCGCGAAUGAUUUCUCUCCAGAGCGCGAAACUGGGAAUUUCUGUGCCUCAUGCGCGCUUCCCCAUACCCUCGGGGCGUUCUUCGCCAACUGGACACUGGCGUCAGACAUUUGCUACCAACCUGAUCUUGCGAACCUCCACGGCUUUUACACUUCGCCCAACAACUUCAUCGGCACACAGCGCCUCCUGCCUAUCUUCAGCCAAAGCAAAGCGCCAGGAUUCAACGACAUCAUCUACCCCUCAGCCUGGAACUACAUGGAUCGCGUCGCCUAUGCACCCACCGAUGAACAGCCCGACCCGAUCUUCGAAAACAAGAAGCUCGACCUCUUCUGGCGUGGUGCCACGUCUGAAGGCUUCGCAACCGGCGACUCCGCCGCUUGGAAAGGCAUGACGCGGCAGCGCAUGGUGCAUGUGCUCAGCCUGACCAACGACACGCAGGUUCUGCCGCUGCCACACCCUAUCGCCAGCUACAAGCGCAAACUGCGCUACGUCCCAGUCGACCCGGCGAUCCUGCGCGCCUCCAUCCCCGUCGAUGUUGCCUUUUCUGACAUCGCACGCUGCGCCGAGCCGGCCUGCAGCGCGGAGCGAGACCUCUUUCUCGCCAACUCUCCUCCCUCCACAGACGGCGACAGCAGCAGCAGAAAUCGCAGGAAGCGAGAAGAGCAGAAAAAUAGGCUUCCUUUCCAAUCCCACUGGCAACACCGCUAUCUCCUCGACGCCGACGGCGCCGCCUUUUCUGGCCGCUUCCUCGCUUUCCUGCGCUCGCGCAGCCUGCCGUUGAAGGUCCAGCCGCUCUUCCACGAGUGGUGGCACGACCGCGUCACGCCGUGGCUGCACUUCGUCCCGCUCGACCCGCGCCUACAGGGGCUUUGGCCCACGCUGGCCUAUUUCUCCGGCUUCAAGGGCGUUGUCGGAGGCACAGAGGUCGUCGUUGACGGCGAUCAGACACAGGCGAAGAGGAUUGCGGAGGAGGGGAGGAGGUGGGCAGAAAAGACCCUGCGGCGGGAGGAUAUGGAGGUGUAUUUCUUUAGGUUGUUGCUUGAGUGGGGCAGGUUGACUGAUGACAAUAGGGAUGGGUUGGGAUAUGUGCCAGUUGGCGGAGCGGCGGGAGCUAGGAAGGGGCAUGGGAAUGGAAAUGACGCGGGCGGAAGUUGA